AUGCCAUUUGGUUGUCUGACACUCGGGGAGAAGAAGGAUUACAACAAUCCCUCAGAGGUGGCCGACAAAUAUGAUCUCGGACAAAUUGUUAAAUCAGAGGAGUUUUGUGAGCUAUUCCGGGCAAAGGAUAGGAACACCUUGAAAAUGUACACCUGUAAAAAGUUCCACAAAAAGGAUGGAAGGAAAGUGAGGAAAGCUGCCAAGAAUGAGAUAACGAUCUUAAAGAUGAUAAAACAUCAUAACAUCCUCCAGCUGGUGGAUGCUUUUGAAACUAAGAGAGAGUACUUCCUGUUUCUGGAGCUCGCUACAGGCAGGGAGGUGUUUGACUGGAUCUUAGAUCAAGGAUACUACUCCGAGAGGGACACCAGCAAUGUUAUGAGGCAGGUGUUGGAAGCUGUAGCGUACCUGCACUCUCUGAAAAUUGUCCACAGAAAUCUUAAGCUGGAGAACUUGGUGUACUUUAAUCGUUUGAAGCACUCCAAAAUUGUUAUCAGUGACUUCCAGUUGGCCAAACUGGAAAAUGGACUCAUUAAGGACCCAUGUGGAACCCCAGAAUAUCUUGCUCCUGAGGUGGUCGGGAGGCAGAAAUAUGGAAGACCUGUCGACUGUUGGGCCAUAGGUGUCACCAUGUAUAUACUUUUGUCUGGAAACCCUCCUUUCUAUGAUGAUGCUGAUGAAGAUGAUGAUCGUGAUAAGAAUCUUUUCCUAAAGAUUUUGUCAGGGAACUACGAGUUUGAUUCACCAUAUUGGGAUGACAUUUCAGAUGCUGCCAAAAACUUAGUGGCAUCCUUGAUGGAAGUGGACCAAGAUCAGCGAUUAACUGCCCAGGAAGCCAUUGCCCAUGAAUGGAUUUCUGGAAAUGCCGCCUCAAACAAGAACAUAAAGGAUGGCGUUUGUGCACAAAUAGAAAAGAACUUUGCCAAAGCCAAAUGGAAGAAAGCUGUUCGAGUGACCACCCUCAUGAAGAGACUUCGUGCGUCCGAGCAUGGAGAUUCUGAGGCCCCCGGUCUCGCUGCAGAGGCUGCAGACACACCCGGUGGCGCUCCUGCUCCUCCAGCCAGCAUACAGGCUCCUAGUGAAAAGGUUCCUGACACACAGACUGCCAUCUCUGCACUCUCCCUGCCCAGUGCAGCAAGACCGGAAGAGCAGCCACCGGCACGGUGCAAUGGAGAUGUUCCCCAGAUGUUGCCACAGGGAAAGGGAGAGUAA